GGGAGCCACAGGCUGAGCUGAUCCCACGUGUGACGCUUGCAUUCCCGGCUCAGUAAAAUUCUCUUUAGCGUGCUUCGGUGUAGUGUUGUGCCGCCUGUCUUCGUUAGUUACUGGCUAUAGUUGGGUUAGCUAUGGAGGGAGACGGGAGCCAAGCCACAUCUGGAGGAAGCCCUAAUGAUUCGCAACACGACCCGGGUAAAAUGUUUAUCGGGGGUCUCAGCUGGCAAACUUCACCAGACAGCCUUAGAGACUAUUUUACUAAAUUCGGGGAAAUCAGAGAAUGUAUGGUGAUGAGAGAUCCAACGACAAAACGCUCCAGGGGCUUUGGAUUCGUUACUUACGUAGAUGCUGCCAGUGUAGAUAACGUCUUAGCUCAGCCACAUCAUGAAUUAGACUCAAAAACGAUCGAUCCAAAAGUUGCCUUCCCUAGACGUGCUCAACCCAAGAUGGUCACAAGAACAAAGAAAGUAUUCGUAGGAGGAUUAUCAGCGAACACAGUAGUUGAAGAUGUGAAGCUGUAUUUUGAACAGUUUGGCAAGGUGGAGGACGCCAUGCUUAUGUUUGACAAAACGACUAACAGACACAGAGGUUUCGGCUUUGUAACUUUCGAGGUUGAGGACGUUGUGGAGAAAGUAUGCGAGAUCCACUUUCAUGAAAUCAAUAAUAAAAUGGUAGAAUGCAAGAAGGCCCAGCCCAAGGAGGUGAUGUUCCCGCCAGGUACGCGAGGCAGGGCCAGGGGCCUGCCCUACACCAUGGAUGCCUUCAUGCUGGGGAUGGGCAUGCUGAGUUACCCAAACAUUGUAGCAACGUAUGGCCGUGGAUACACUGGUUUUGCCCCAAGUUACAGCUACCAAUUCCCUGGCUUCCCAGCGACGGCGUAUGGACCGGUGGCAGCAGCGGCAGUGGCGGCAGUGCGUGGCUCAGGGUUCCCAGAUUAUGGGUUCUAUUCCGGGGCCGGGCCCAGUGACCUGCGGGGCCCCCCCUGCUCCUUUGCCGACUAUGGCUCCCUGGGGCCCCAGGCUGCUCAGAUGCUGCAGCACAGUGAGCAUCAUGCCACCUCCGCCUGCAACUCCCCCCUCCAGCACCACCUGCAGCACAGCCCGGACCCCUUUAAGAGCCCAGCAGAGUAUUUCAGGAGGCCCGGGGAAGACCGGGCGGAGUUUUUAACUGGCUAUGUGAACAGGUGAUGCCAUCCAACGCCAAGCACUACAGCAUCAACCCACAGGAGAAGAGUGGAGGUGGCACCAUGUGAAGAAGAACUGAAGAAAAUGUCAAAAUCAUCUCAGAAAAAGAAAUUACAAUCUGCUGUACUAUAAUCCAAACCUGGUGUUCACAUCCAUAAUAUCCAACUGUAACCCAGUAACUUUGUGUAGGAUUUAGGUGUUUUUACAUUUAAAUGUUCCUUAUUUUAAAUCGAUUUAGUUUAUUUUCUUUCUUUUUGACGUAGUCUUCAAAUUAAUAAGGAAGAUUCAUUAUAUUUUUUACUUAGGAUCAAAAAUACACAAAUAUUGGAUACUAUCUUAAAUGAGUAACUAUUUAUGUAAACUGUCUUAUUUCAUGUUUUAUUUAAAAAAAUAGAUUGCUAUGUUGCUAUGGUUGUUUGUUUUCAUCCUUGGUAAUGGAAAACAUUUCAGGUGUCAGUUUUCACAUAUAGUGCAUUUGGAAAGUAUUCAGUCCACUUCACUUUUUGCACAUUUUGUUACGUUACAGCCUUAUUCUAAAAUGGAUUACAUUGUUUUUUCCUCUCAUCAAUCUAAACUCAUUACCCCAUAAUGACAAAGCAAAAACUGUUUUUUAGAAAUUUUUGCAAAUGUAUUACAAAUAAAAAACAUCUAUCACAUUUACAUAAGUAUUCAGACCCUUUACUCAGUACUUUGGUGAAUCACCUUUGGCAGCGAUUACAGGCUCGAGUCUUCUUGGGUAUGACGCUACAAACUUGGCACACCUGUAUUUGGGGAGUUUCUCCCAUUCCUCUCUGCAGAUCCUCUCAAGCUCUGUCAGGUUGAAUGGGGGGUGUUGCUGCACAGCUAUUUUCAGGUCUCCAGAGAUGUUCGAUCAGGUUCAAGUCCGGGCUCUAGCUGGGUGACUCAAGGACAUUCAGAGACUUGUCCCGAAGCCACUCCUGCGUUGUCUUGGCUCUGUGCUUAGGGUCGUUGUCUUGUUGGAAGGUGAACCUUCGCCCCAGUCUGAGGUCCUGAGUGCUCUGGAGCAGGUUUUCAUGAAGGAUCUCUCUGUACUUUGCUCCAUUCAUCUUUCCCUCGAUCCUAACUAGUCUGUCAGAGCGACCAUCAGGUUCCUCUUCACCUCCAUGACCAAGUGCUUCUCCCCCAUUUGCUCAGUUUGGCCGGGCGGCCAGCUCUAGGAAGGGUCUUGGUGGUUCCAAACUUCUUCCAUUUAAGAAUUAUAGAGGCCACUGUCCUUGGGGACCUUCAAUGCUGCAGACAUGUUUUGGUACCCUUCCCCAGAUCUGUGCCUCGACACAAUCCUGUCUCGGCACUCUAUGGACAAUUCCUUCGACCUCAUGGCUUGGUUUUUGCUCUGACGUGCACUGGCAACUGUGGGACCUUAUAUAGACAGGUGUGUGCCUUUCCAAAUCAUGACCAAUCAAUUGAAUUUACCACAGAUGGACUCCAGUCAAGUUGUAGAAACAUCAAGGAUGAUCAAUGGAAACGAGAUGCACUUAAGUCUCAUAGCAAAGGGUCUGAAUACUAUUGUAAAUAAGGUAUUUUAUUUUUUAUAAAUUUUCAAAAAUUUAUAAAAACCUGUUUUUGCUUGGUCAUUAUGGGGUAUUUAAUCAAUUUUAGAAUAAGGCUGUAACGUAGCAGCAUUUGGAAAAAGUCAAGGGGUCUGAAUACUUUCUGAAUGCACUGUACAAGAAAACUGACAUGAACUAAUGAGGCUUGAAGAAAGGUGGUGUUAAUUAAAUAAAAAAAAUAGAGUGUAACUAAUAAAUCUUCUAGCUUUUUUUGUUUCUUUUAAUGUUGUUAAUUACCUAUUUUGGGCAAUAAGAGGACUACAAUAUUUUCACAGUCCUUUUUUACAAUUUUUUUUGUUGUCAGGAAAAAAGAAAACCUUUCCUUUUAAUACUUUGUGAAUUCAGAUUUUAAGAAAAAAAAAUAUAGCUGUAAAUAUUAUUCAAUUCACUGCAUAUAAUCGUUUCAGAGAGAACCAUAUUUUUGUGAUGGUUCAUCAUAAAAGGCUGUACUGUGUAAGAGCGCAACUGUCAAAGACGAGGACAUUUGAUGCUCUUAAAUCGUAUCAUAAUCCAUUUGUAGCACAAAAUUCCAUGAUAACCCCAUUGAGGACUCGAUCCUACAAGAACACUGUUGGCUUGCUCUGUAAAUACUGUUGUCUUUCUUACUGUGCUAAUGUUAUACCAGCAUACUGUUGUGUCUUCUACAUGAUGAGCUCAAAAGUGCACAGCUUCUAAAAGAUGACAGAAGGUUAACACUGGACAAUGCUACACAAUGUCUCUCAGAGGACACCGGCUCAACUUCUUCUACACUCUCGCAAGUGAAAGGCUACUUACUGUAUCUGUCACUGAGAUUGUUGAAGUCAAUACUAUAUAAAAAAAGGACAUAUUACAAAUCCAAAGCACACUUUUACUUUGUAUUAGUUUGAAAAUACCAGAUGUUGAAUACUAGUGUCCAGAGACAAUUCAUACCAAUCUGCAUGUGUUGAUGUUACAUUUUGUUGUUAUGAUUAUCUUCAUUUUUGGUUUUUCUUGUUAAUGCUAUUUAUCCAUUUUGAACAGAGCACCUACUUUCAAUGUGACAGGCAAUAUUUCAAGUCAGAUACAUUUUACGUCAAUUUAUUGGAAUGUUUUCUUGAACUGAUUAGGAAGGCAAAUAUCUAUGAUUACCUCAAUCCUGUGAGUUUUAUCUUAGAAGAGAUUACAAAGUAAUUUAUUUGAGUCUUAAACAGAUUGAAAUUAUGAAUGGAUUAUGAGAACAAGUUGUUGCACCGUGAUAAGGAAGGAAAGUGACCAUAUUCUAUUUGCACAUUUCAAGUGUUGGAUAUUUAAAAUGGUCUUGAUAAGAUGAUACAUGAAGGAUUGUUUUUUAAGAAUAACUUUUUAUCCCCAUUAGAGAUUAGACAUCUUGGCUGUUGCAAUUGGAAAACGUUUUUCUGCCCAAAGGGCAUUUAUUUUCCUAAAAAUACGAAAUAAUCCAUACAUAAUCCAUAAAUUGGAGCAUUUCGACCUUGCCAAGUAACCGUAGUCACUACAGUAAUUUCCUGUAGGGACUGGUUUGUUGAGAUGGAGAAAUGGUUCCUCUAUAAACGUUUCAAAUUAUAUUUGAAGAAAGGAUUGGAUUAAUGUAUAUACUGUGCAGAUUUUGUUUGUCUCAUUUCACUCAACAACCAGGUGAAGCAGAAUGCUGGAUUCUUUUCAAAUAAAAUGGGGACUUGUUUAAGUAAUAAUAAAAAAUUUAAAAAUAUUUAAAAAACAUGUAUAUUACCAAUUCAAAAAAGAGAAACAGGUAUGUUCCCUUGAAUGAUUUACAUUUUUAAUCAGAAGGAUUUGUAUCAAUAUUUUUGUGGUUGUUAAUGAUUAUAUUAAUAAUAAUUAUUAUACUAACAAUAUUAGAAUGUACUGUACAUCCAUCUGUUUUUUUCUCCAUUCCCUGUCACCUUAUACAGUAAUCUUAUGUUGAUCAUCAAUGUAUUUCAGUAAUAUGUGAAAAAAGUAAACUGCAAAUGACCUUGUAAGAGUGCCGUCUUUGAUGCCAGUGUAGUGGUUUAUACACUUAUUUGUUGAUCUCUCUUUCCUCCUCUCCGUCUCUCACUCUCCCAAUGUCUCAGUGUUUCUCUGUCUCCCUCUUCUAGUAUUAGUGAUAGAUGUCAUGUAGUUAAGAUGUAGAUGUAGCUAUUAGGAGAUGUAGGACCAGUAAGGUUAGAACGCUCUCUUCUAAUUACCAUAUUUUUAAAAAGAAAAGCUGACAUUAGUUUUAAUAUCAUUUGUCUAUUUAUUCUCAGUUUUACUGAUCUCACAUGGUUUCAACUAACCAAAGCAAUCAUUGAGGACAUUUAAAUCAAAAAUUGCUGUAAGACCGAAUCGUAAGCAAGGCAUUGAUUGGAUCCCCACCCUUGAAUGUUUAAAAAAAAAAUGGGUGUGCCAUACUACCUUAAAAGCUAAUACUAGAUAUGCAAAACCGUUUUAUUUGUUAUUAUUUCACAAGAGGGACACAAGCUAUAAUUAUGAUUGAGCAAAAUUGAUUUUAUUACAUAACAGAUUAAUGAUAAUAAUGGUCAUAAUAACAAUAACUAUUAUAGAUAUAAUGAAUCUGAACUCGUUUAGAUGUUUGUGCUCUUAAAACCUCUUAUAUCCCAGUGGUCCCUGGCACUACUAUUUUUGGAUACAGUUUAUUUUAUUUUCGGUGUCUACUUAUUUAAUUAUUCAUUCAUAUUAAUUAAUACUUUAGUUUGAGUUCAUUAUCAACAUUUGAGAAUGUAGUGAAUUAUUUUUGUACUCUUGAAACAUUGGAACCAGAUUUUUACUUUAAUCAAAGCUAGGGUUUCAUGAAACAUUUACAUUGUAGAUUAAUUCAUACUCCUGCUCUCAAGUGCUUAGUCUUCAUUUAAAGUAUUCCUAUUCAAAUGGUAGCCUGCUUGUUAGUAUAGACAUUUGCACUGUGCAAUAACUUAAUCUUUAAGACCCUCCUGCUAAAGGAAAACAAGACAGUGCAAACGCUAUUGAUGAGUUGUAAUAUGAAGGGCUUAUUGAAAUGAUACCUAUAGGACAUACAUUUCGAAACCUGUUGGUAAAUGUGACAUUAUUGCAGCAGAAUGUACCCACUGAGAGCAAUUGUAACGCUCUGUGAUACAUUGCAAGAAGCUAUCUCUGUUUUAAAUGUCCCUCUACCAAUAUCACUAUACCUGAUUUACCAUUUGAUUAGAGUAAAAGUUGGCUGGCUGUCCAUACAAAAUAGUUGAUACCAUCUCUAUUAGUUAAUAAAACAUUUAAAAGUGAUUUCACAGCUUGGACUUUAAGGUAGCAUGGCUCUGUAGUUGCUAUACUUUUCCUUCACAUGGACAGCAGUCUACAGCUGAUGAAUGUUACACAUCUUGCUAGACUACUUAAUCAUUGGAUAAUUGUUGGUAAAAAAAAUAUAUAUAUAAUAUAUAUAUAUAUAUAUAUAAAAAAGACCUGGAAGGUGUUGGAUGAUAUAUUGGGAGCGUACUACCGUAACCAUUUAAACUUGAAUCUUGAGGCAAGUGCUAGGCAAUGGCCAAACAAACAUCCCAUCACUGAAUUAACAGACACACAAUGCACACAUACCUACUGUAAAUACAGGUAUAUAAUGUUUUAACAUGUUAGUUAAGGAUAUAUUAUUGUGUAUGUCUAUUUGUUGAGGCUGAACCCUCAUUUCAGAUGAAAUUAACUCCCUGCUGUCUGAAAUGUUUACGUAGGCAACACUGUUUGUAUUAUGUUUGUGUCACACUUAACAUUAUUAUGAUGUUUUCCCAUGAUGCAACAUGGUUGGACUGUAAAACAUGGGCUGUAGAAGCUGUGACUGAUACUUUAGGGUAAAGCAUACUAUACAAUUAUUUCAAACGGGAAAUUGGCGGUUAGUGAGUACCAUGGCAUGGGCCACUGCUAGAGCAGAGAGUGUGUGUGUGGGUGGGUGGGUGGGUAAAGAGGGUUUAGGGAAGCGGUACAGUCAUUAAAAGUCCUGUGCAUCUCUGUGGACAUUCGUCUUACUGUACAUUUGACCUGACCUUAGCAGAGUCUUUUCUUCUCUCAUGCUCCCUCUUGGGUUCGACCUCUGAUUGCCUUGCCCAUUCCUAACACUUGCCCAUGUUUUAAUGUUAACAGACUUUUUACGGCGAGAGCUGACUGAUAGGACUGAAUUCUGAAAGCAUCUUUCAGGUCUUCUUGUAUGGCUUGCUCAAGCCCUGUUGUAAAAUAAACUGAAGUGGAUGGGGGUCUCUCACAUCUCAGAUGUGGAAAGUAUAAUUUUAUAUUUGUAUUUUCAAAUAAUUAUAAUAAUAAAACUUGUUUGUGAAAGGUUUCCAUGCUCUACUGUGAUGCAGAAAUCGAUGUGUUUGUCUGGAAAAAAUGUAAAUAAACUGUUUUGAACCAUUUCACUCAUUGUUUUGAUUUUAAAUGGAAUAUUGUUUAAAGUUGAAUUGGUGUGGGAUUAAACCUUUUGAGUUAUAUUUGCAAAAGAAUGUAUGCCAGAAGAUGCAACAAAAUAAAAAUGCACAAAGUUGAAUAUAA